CUUUCAGUUCAGUUGCUUACUUGCUGUUAACGCCGCACGUGUCAACUUGUGCACAAAGCUGACCACGAGUGUAUUAAAGAGUAUUAUGGUUUGAGGGUGCUUAAAACGUAUCAGUCUAUUGAAUAGAGACUAAAGUGUUGACUGAAUUAUUGAAGGAUUCGAGGUUGGUUUGACGUGGUGAAAUAUUUGGAGAAGAAAUAGUGUACGUCGUUAAAUUCUCCUGAACUGCAGUGCGACUUAGUAUCGACCAUUCUUACGAUAUCCAGGGCACGACCUGAAAUCAAAGAAGUAGGAUUUAUACAUAAAUCAGAACAAUCAGCUCAGUAGAGAAGGUGCUGCCGGGUCAAUGUCCAUAGUAAUGAAUAUUCUCGCACUAUUGAAAGACGUGUAUAAAAAUAGAUUAGAAAUAGGUUGAUUGCACGGAAGUACUUGGUUUAGAUCAUUGCUCAAAGUUCGCCAAUGAAGUUGUGGAAAUUUCCUAGGAGGUCUGACAGUUAAAAUCAUUUUGGGAAAUAUCUCUUAACUUCCACGUGUCAACCUCGGGUAGUGUCAGGUCACACUUCACCGGUGAAAAAUGACGCAGUACAGUAGCGGAAGUGGCAGUAGUACCAAUAGCAAUGAACUCGAUGAUAGAGUUUCACGACCUAUCGAGGAGAAAUUAAUGGUAGCAGUCCGAAUCAGGCCACUUGUUCCAGAUGAAUCUCCCAAUAGAGCUUUACAUGCUGUUAGUAAUAAGAUAGUACUCCUGGAGGAUGCUGAUACCGAGAAGGGAGAUAUCCUGAGGCAGAAACGUGGUAUCCCUAAGCAGUAUCUGUAUGACAUUGUUUUCGGUGAAGAUUCAACGCAGGAGGCUGUUUAUGAGGGCACGACAAAGCCUCUAAUUCAGGAUGUGCUUCAUGGCUACAAUGCCACGGUAUUCGCAUACGGUGCUACCGGUGCAGGGAAGACGCAUACGAUGGUCGGAAGUCCCACGGAGCCAGGCAUCAUGGUGCGGGCGCUUAAUGAUAUAUUCUUAGCAGCUGGUGAACUUCCCGAGAAUGUAGAAUUCACGGUGACCAUGUCCUACAUGGAAAUCUAUAAUGAAAACAUUCGUGACCUACUAAAUCCAAGCACUGGGUACCUUGAGCUGCGGGAUGAUGCGCGUGGUAGGAAUAUCCAGGUCAUAGGUCUAACUGAGUUCUCGACCAACUCUACCGAGGAGGUGAUGCAGCUUCUGCACAAGGGUAAUAAAGCCAGGACAGUCGAACCUACUGCUGCGAACAAAACGUCAUCCAGGAGUCAUGCUCUUCUUAGCGUGACGGUAAAACAGUCGGAACAGAUGCAAGAAGGUGAACGCAUGCGCACUAGACUCAAACGUGCAAGACUCUUCAUGAUCGACCUUGCUGGUUCUGAACGAGCAAAGCAGACCAAGAACCACGGGAAGCGACUUCAAGAAGGAGCUCAUAUUAAUAGAUCACUGUUGGCACUUGGAAAUUGCAUAAACGCACUUUCAGCAGGUGCAAGAUAUGUUAAUUACCGGGAUUCAAAACUCACUAGACUCCUGAAAGAAGCACUCAGUGGAAAUUGUCGCACAGUGAUGAUCGCGCAUGUAUCCCCAGCUGGUGUCCAUAAGGAUGAGAGUAGGAAUACCUUGAUUUACGCCGAUCGGGCGAACAAGAUCUCAAAUAAGGUCGAGAGGAACGUUUUCGAUGUGAAUUAUCAUGUUUCCCAAUAUAGAAACAUAAUAAGUGAUCUGAAGAAUGAAAUUUCGAGGUUGCGCAAUAAAAUGACAGAUGAGCGUCCUCCUUUUACUGAAACCUUCGCUGAUGGAAGUAGCAAUCUGAAGAGCUUGCGCGAGAAGAUCGUCUCUACUUUCAGAGAACAGAUGAGGCUGAGACGGAAACUUAUGGAAUUGGACAGUCAUCUGCUGGGACUGAACAUGGCUGCCGAGCAACAACACUCUAUCAUAUCCCAAUGGGAAUCAAGUAAUAAUAAACUGUAUAAAGGAAGUCGUGAGUCUAUGGGGCGACGUCCCGGAACAGAGAACGUAGAGGAGUUUGACGAUAGAGAUCUCAUAGACGAGGUCGAGGAAGACGCAGCGAUGCAGCAAGCUUGGGCUGAGCUUGCGGAGAUCAACCGGGAGCAAGAAAGAUACACAGAGUUAAGAGCUAGUGCGGAACGUGAAUUAGAGGCAUGCCGACAACGUAGUGCUGCUCUUGAGGAUGAAUUACCUUCGCGUAUAAACUCGGACGAGGAGCGUGAGUUACUAGCAUUGAUGCUGCGGGUCCAUGAACUCGAAGCAGAUAAGAUGAUGCUGCAGAGCGAACGUCUUGUUAAACAGCAUGAACUCAGGCGUCGUGAACUUCUGAUACUUCGUUAUGACAGACAGCGUCAGAUAUCUGACGAAAUUAUCACUAGACAAAGACAAUUAAUGGAAGAUGGGCGAAUAAUACUUCCGGCGGACUUACAAGAUCUAUACUCCAUGUAUCAGAGAGAAAUUCAUGCGGCUGCUUAUACAGAUAGUAAUUUAAUUGAUGUAUCAAGUUCAGGCUAUAACUACUCCUCCGGUUCUGGUUUUAUCAGGAAGCUGCCACCUAUUUCCAGUAGAUUUCCUUAUGAAAAUCUCACUAAUGAUUUUAGGAUGACAAGUAGUUCCACAGAAUCGGAUUGGGAACAAUCGCCUCUACCGCCGAUCCCGGAACCGGCAGACGUAGAACAAGUAAUGGGUCCCGCCGUACAUCCACUAGUCUCUCCCGCAGUUUUAUUCCCACCUAUAUCGGCCGUUACUAGAAAGAUACCGCGAAACAAAAUCCUUCGACGUAUAUCAAGCGAUGGCAAUAUGUCAUCCGGUAGACAUUUUGAUGCCAAUAAUACCUGAAUCAUCAUUUUUUAAUUCAGGACGAGUAAUAAAUAAAUAAAAAAAGAGAAACACGUAACCCCAAAAUGAUUGUAGCGCAGAAAGUCUACUUCUAGUAUGGGUGAAGCUUGUGAGGACAUGCAAUAGAUACUGGAUACACGCUUAUUUACAGAAUUGAUAAGUGUCCUCUGUAAAUACCGAUAUUCGGCGAGAGAGCGAAUAAUAAAGUCAGUUUCAAGGUAA